AUGACAAGCAUUGUACACAGGGAUGUGUUGAUACACGACGCACCUCGAGACAUCGUGGAUGGAGAUAUCUGCCUCUUCUUCUACAGCCAGUUCGAGGACAUCAAGCUAGCACAAGACUGGCUCGACGACCCUUGCUGGUCUAACGUCGGUCUGAUGAAUCGCCUGUUACAAAUUUCAGAAGGACUGUCCAUGUUCGCCGCCACCGUGCGUCGCUUCGUAGCGGACGAACCACAAGCAGAGGAUGCACUCAAAAGUUUCGUAGAUCACGACAGUGCAACGACCUUGUCUUGGCUACCGGAAGAGCAUUCAGAACACAGUAACACACUCUUCCUCGAUCAAAUCUACGCCCAGAUACUGCAGCGGUCUCUGAGAAAGCCCGUCCGAAGAAAUCUCACACAUGUAGCAGCCAUGCAAAAGACACUCGAAGCCGUUGCAGCACACGGCGAACCUCUCCGUCCUCAGACACAUGAUUCUGUCCUCAGAACAUCUGAGAGUAACGUCCGCGCACAUCUUAAACAGCUGGACUCAGUGGUGCGGGUGCCGACGACGAACGAAGCCCCUAUCCGUCUCAUCCAUGCGUCCUUCCGCGACUUCUUGUUUGAUGCACGAUGGUGUAUGGAUGCGGACUUCUGCAUGGUCAAGCAAUUUCUGCACCAACAGCUGCUACAGGCAUGUAUUGUAGCUAUGGAGACUUGCUUGGAGUGCGAUAUCUGUGGUCUGCGCAAACCCGUGUGA